GGCACUUGUAAAACAAUCCGAGAGGAUUCCGUAGAACUCGUAUCUAUAUGUAGGUACCUAGCGAGCAGCGGCGGUGGCGCAUAAUAUUACAGGUUGCUCGUUUUGUUAGAUCACUUCCCCUUCUGCUAAGCCAUACCAUGAGCGGCGCUAGGAGAGGCCGCCAGUUCGAUUAGUGUGAAGAGCAUGGAGAUCUACCUAUGAUUAAAUUAAGUCAGAGACUCUCGACAGCGCGCAACGUAAUCUUUCCAAGACAUAUUGCAUGUAUUGAUCAAAUCUCGAGUGGAAUACCUUUAUUUCUAGUUACCUACUUACUCAGAAGCUUGUUCACCUAGCCAAGUUUAAGAGAUGCCCUUCCAAGAGCUUAUAUCGCGUUUGAAAAGCACAAGAAAGCCUCGAGAUCAAGAAAGGGAUUCCCGCGAGGAUGAACGUCGAGAAGAUGAUCUAGACACGUUGCAGCAGACGAAACCGACACCGCAAUACACCUCAGGCCGACCUAGUAAUAGUCAGCCGAAGCCAGUAAAAGGACUGCGGAAAGCCUCGGUCUCAGCCAGGCUCUCGACAAACCGAGAUAACUCAAAUCGGCCCACAGAUCAUGACGAAGAGCAAGAUCAGGAACAAGAUCUUGAACCCGAACCAUCAGAUUACCUUUAUUUUGGCGAGGGUAUAUCAGCGACGGACAUCUCACGAUCGCUCGUGAACCAAACGCAAAGCAAAUCAGUCAGCAGCGACAUCUCGGGACAUUCUUCAGCUAGAACCAGGAAUAACCCCACUCCUUCUAGCAAUGGCGGAAAAGAUAAUAGUGGAUUUAUCGAGACUGGUCUAAAUGUACAUACAGCGCAGAUGGGUUAUUCGAAUUUAACAUAUGGAGGAUCUUUACAAUACGACUAUUCUGGCACCCAUGGUCAGCCCUAUGCUGGAUAGUCGGCGUUUUCAGUUAACAGUAUAUAUGUACAUACACAUG